AUAAUUGUCUACGCAUAUAAAUAGAACAAACAUCUAGAGAUUCAAAAGGCAAAGUACUCAGAGAGCCAAACGGAAACAAGAUAAAACUCAGAUUCUUGUUUUGUUGUGUCUACAAGAAAAGCCAAAUCAUCAAAACAUGUCGAGAGUGAGAUCUGAGCCGAUGAAGGUUGUCUUCAUAAACACACAGUACGUCCAGACAGAUACUCGUAGCUUCAAGACGGUUGUUCAAGAACUCACCGGUAAAAACGCCAUCGUCGCUGACGGUCCUUUCGAGUUCUCAGGCCAUGGUUACGGCAGAAAAGACUCGUCACCACAGUUUUCGGGAGGCGGAAGAGAAGCAGAAGGAGGUGUGGAGACGACGGAGUUCGAUAACUUUUUCAGGGAGAUGCCUCCGGUCGGCGAAUUGUACAAUCUAUGGUCAGAAAGCUGAGGUGUGGCCAGAAAGCCCAUUGGGCCUGUAUCAAAGCCCUAAUUGACCUAAUUAAGAGGCCUAUGUAAAACACCGAGUGAUCCUUUCUGUUUAAUGUAUAUAAAGAAAUGUUCUUCGUUU